UGUCGUUUGGGGUUGAAAGUGAAGUUUAAUUGAGGAUUGGACAAGACAUCCUUUUUAGAUUCGAUGAUAAUGAUGGAGCACGAGGAGGUCUCUAGUGACAAUAAGAAAUUGGGCCCUUUAUGUGCAAAAUUACUGGUUUCCUCCACCUUACACAACCCGUGUGUCAAAUUCCCGAGUUGUCAGGCAAGCGUAUCCGAGGGUGUUUUCAUGGGUGGAUAAUUCCAUCUAACCAUCCACACAAUAAUAUUUGGUCUUUUUGGAACCCCUCAUCCACUUCUAGCAUCAUAUCUCUUCCUCCCUUGCUUUUGAAAGACGGAGAUUAUGAUUCCAUCCGAGAAUGUUGUUUGUCUGCCCCUCCUGAUAAUCCAAAUUCAGUUUUCCUGUUAACAAGAACCAAUAACCCUACCUUCGUAUUUUGUCAACUAUCUCCUAAAAAAACAAAAAAGCCUAGAUGGACCGAAAUGUCAUAUGCUUAUCAACUUAAGAGAAUAACCUUGAAUGGACGUUUACUACAUAGCCUGACUUUUUGCAACGGUCAUAUAUAUACUUUAUCUGACGACAAUUGUAUUCAUCCGUUUGUCAUACGGGUUGAAAUUGUAGUCAAGGAUAGAGAAGUUGUAGUACAACUAUUACCGUUUGGGACUCUCCCUUAUUUUCCUUCCGAACGUUGUCCCAAACGCCUUAAUUUUCUGAUAGGAUCUCAUACAGAGCUGUUUCACAUUGCAGUUGGUUUUCGUAGGGAAACCGACAAAAUCCCCGGUGAUGUGUAUUUGUUUAAAUGUGACAUGACAAGUAUAAACUGGAAGGAAUUGGAAUGCCUCAAAAACUGGGACAUGACUGCUGUGGUAAGCUUAGAUAAAAUAUUUUCAGGUUACUUGGGAGACUUGAGUGUUAUUGCUGAACAUAUGUGGGAAGAAGUGGAAGAUCUUAAAGAAGGCAUAUUUGUUGUGGAUCUUGCUUGUGAUAACUCUGGAUUUUACAACCCUGCAAUUGGCUCGAGGCUAGGGGGUUAUAUUCAUAUCCGUGACAAUAUGGACAAACUAAUAUAUUCGUAUCACAUCAACAGUAAAACCAUUCUUCCAUCUCCCUUGCCCUUCUCAGUGCUGCCAACAAGCCACAUGUUAAUGUGGGAAUGCUGGUUAGAAAUAAGGAUGCCAAAUUCACAGUUGAUUCUAAACAACAAGAGGCUGAGAUGGUGAUUACCUUAAUUACAAACAAUGAGGUUGAAGUUAGUGAGUCUUGCUUGCUAGAUGUUCCAUUUGAUAUGCUGGAGAUGAUUAUGAAGUUUUGUGUCGGAGUAGAAUACAUGAACUUUCGUGCUACAUGCAAACGUUGUCAUCUAGCAGCUCCUUUCAUACAAUGGCGCCACCAAACAGAAUUAGGGAGAUUGAAGAAUUAUUCACCAGCUUCACCUUGGCUGAUGGUUGUAGACCAAAUUCGAGGUGUUAUUACUUUCACAGACCCACUGUUGGGUGACAUCUACUUUAUGAGAAUUUCACAAUUACCGAUUGCUGAUGAAACAAUAUGCUGUUCCAGGUUUGGUUGGUUGGUGUUUAAAACCAGUAAUUGUUGCCCAGUGUUUUUUAACCCCUUCACAAUUGAUCUCCGCAAACUUCCAGACAUGAACUAUAUGGUAGAGAACUUUUGGUUCUCAGCUCCGCCUACUUCCCCUGAUUGUAUGGUUGUUGGAUUUUAUCCUACGAGAUUUGGGAUCCAUUAUGUAUCUGGAGAACCAACCUCGGAUUGGUAUGAGGUGAAACCAUAUCAACAAAGGUCCCCUGUUUGUUUUCCAACAUCUCAUGACGGACAUUUAUAUUACUUGUAUGAGACGGGGGAACUAAGGCUUUUUAAACACUUGGGGGAAGAUGAUUUUCUUUUGAAGUUUUUGUAUCCGAAGCCCCAAGACAUUGUAGCGGAUCUCCAGCACAAUAUUUUUUGGUGAAAUGUGACCAACAUCUUCUACUAGUCGUCAUGGGCAGGUUUGGAGAACCCAUUGAGGUGUUCAUGUUGAAUGGGUCUAAAAGAGAAUGGGAUAAAGUAAAUGGUCUAGGAAAGCACACGAUUUAUAUUUGUGAUACAACAUGUUUGUGUAUUGAAGCCAAAACACCAGAAAUGGAGAACAAGAUCUACCUUGCACAAUUGAGUUCUAGAAACAAGAAGGUAGUGUUUUAUUCACUCGAAACAAGCACAUAUCACACGUUCAAUGGUAAAAGCGUCCAACAAAAUUUAGGGGAUGUUUUCUUGACUACACAUCUUUCUGCUCAUACUUGGAUUGAACCAAGUUGGUUGGAUUCACUUGUUUGAAAAGAGCCCAUAAGUCUAGACCAGUGGGAUAAAACUGGCUGACUUCAUUAUUCAUUGUUAUUUUUAUGUUUGUAACUUUAGGGGGAAUGUUUGUAACUUUAAGGGGAAUGUUAAACACGUUGCCUCUGAUAAAUCUAUUCAGAGGAGAUGUCGAAGAGGAGAACAGCAGAACUAAGACUGAUGUGUUUUUCAAAACUAGUGUUGAUAUGGCGACAUUGCUACUUUCCCCAAAAUAAUGUACGGGGACAGUAGAAGAGUUGAACAUGUCAGACCAUUCCCGUAAAUCUGCAGAACAAGUUGUCAAGGCCAUUUUGCUAGCAAGCAAGAAAAUGAGAUCCAGGCUUAUGAAUAUCUUAUAUUCUUCUACUCGCGAUCCUUUGACUUAUCGUGGCAAUUCUAUGGAGACAAUGCUGGUGACGCUGUUGUUUUUGGCAACCAUGAUCCAACAUAUGAAAAGCCCAAGUUUGGGACAUACUCGAUUAAAGAUGGUAAAGUAGUGGGUGCAUUUUUAGAAGGCAGAACAACUAAAGAGGAUAAUGCCAUAAGUAGUGUUGCCAGCGAGGGAAUUAUAAUCAAGCGUUAAUUGAAUAACUUUUACCACGCCAAGUUGUACAGAGCUUCCUGAUUUUCUAUUUUCUAUAGUACGUUGAAAAUCAGGGUUGACAUUUGAGACUCAAUAUCUUGAAUAAUUUUCUAAACAUUGACUUCCUUAUUCUAAAA